AUGGAAUCAUCUUCUUCGACGACCUGCAAUACACCACCAACACCAACACCAACGCUCCAACAGAAGUCAAACAACAACGGCUCCGAGUCGGAGAAGAAGAAGAAAUUCACAAAACAAGACCUCGAAAAGUUGAAACAAUUUUUUGAGUUCAACGACAAGCAAGAAAAACCACUGUUGCUUACUAAAUGUUUUGAAGCGUUUGCGAAAGAAUACGGAUUCACACCGAACCAAGUGAAAGGAAAUUUCUACAAGUAUAUAAGACUUCCGAAUCAAUCGAUGCAGUCAUCGGGAAACGAAAUUGCCUCUUCUCCACAAAAGAAAAAACAGAAGAAAGAGUUGUUGUCGAAUGUCGUCUUGAGUGAUGACGUCGAUACGGAUGAUGAGAAAUCUUGUUCAACGAGCUCUAUCACUACUACUCCUACUAAACCUGUUCAUCCUGUCUCUGUCAACAACGACGACCUUCCCACAACUCCAGCCAAACACCACCAUUCCAACCUUAACGUGUUCAAUCAAGAAAGUUUUUUCAUCCCUUGGAAAUUCGAAAGCUCAACUGGUCGAAUUUAUGUAUAUCGUUAUCCCUCACAUUUCAAAUUCAAAACUGGUGUCCUCAACAAGAAGAAAAAGAUGUUCAUGAUUGAGGUGACCUGUGAGAGUCGAGUGACCAUUUCAAAUCUUCAGGAAAUUGGAGAAGAAUUAAUGGGUAAGAAUAUUGUGGAAGUCUCAGAACGUCCCUUAGAGAAGUUUACCAUUGUUGAAACUAUUGAAAACGAUGUCGAUCUCUCGACCAUGAAAUGUGGACCACGUAUGUUUAAUGGUGAAAGGUUUUACAUGGUGUUUAUUGAAAAGAAACAGGAAGAAAUGAUACCUGUGAAGGAAAUUGAUUGGGAAUCACUAGGUGCUAGUAAGCAAAACAACAACCAAAAUGGUUCUUUGUUUUUAACCUCACCACAACCGUUAUCGUCAGCUUUUAACAGCAAGAAUUAA